ACCCGUGUUCAUUUCCGUAUUCGUUGUCCUCUCGGAAGAGUUUGCUCGUUGUGGAACCCUAAUCUCGUUGAUUUCGAAUCUAAACUCGAAAUCAAUAAAAUCGUUCGAGAGAUCUGCUACUUCUCUCUUCAAGGAUCUGUAAUCGGUGCGAAUAGGAGGAGUCUUCAGCUCGGGCGACAUCGGAAAUGGCAGACAACAUCUCAGCACCUGGCUCUGUAGAAGAGAAAGCAGAUCAAAUUGUUGAAGCAAACCCACUGGUUAAGGAUGAUACUUCACUGGAAACCAUAGUUCGGAGGUUCCAAGAUUCAAUGUCAGAGGCAAAGACGCAUAAGUUCUGGGAGACUCAACCUGUUGGGCAGUUUAAGGAUAUUGGGGAUACGAGUUUGCCUGAAGGCCCGAUUGAACCUGCAACUCCGUUAUCUGAGGUCAAGCAAGAGCCAUAUAACCUUCCCUCUGUUUAUGAAUGGACCACUUGCGAUAUGAACUCUGAUGAUAUGUGUUCAGAGGUGUACAACCUUCUCAAGAACAACUACGUUGAGGAUGAUGAGAAUAUGUUCAGGUUCAAUUAUUCCAAGGAGUUUCUAAGGUGGGCACUGCGUCCACCUGGUUACUACCAGAGCUGGCAUAUUGGAGUCCGUGCCAAGACAUCGAAGAAACUUGUUGCUUUCAUCAGUGGUGUGCCAGCAAGAAUCAGGGUGCGUGACGAGGUUGUGAAAAUGGCAGAGAUCAAUUUCUUGUGUGUCCACAAGAAGCUCAGGUCUAAGAGACUUGCUCCUGUCAUGAUCAAGGAGGUUACUAGAAGGGUUCACUUGGAGAACAUAUGGCAAGCAGCUUAUACCGCAGGAGUUGUACUUCCCACACCAAUCACCACAUGCCAAUACUGGCACAGGUCAUUGAACCCGAAGAAGCUAAUCGAUGUUGGGUUUUCAAGGCUUGGUGCGAGAAUGACAAUGAGCAGAACCAUAAAACUCUACAAGCUGCCAGAUGCACCGAUCACUCCGGGCUUCAGGAAAAUGGAACCACGCGAUGUCCCUGCUGUUACACGGUUGCUUAGGAACUACCUUAGCCAGUUUGGAGUUGCAACCGACUUUGAUGAGAAUGAUGUUGAGCAUUGGCUACUCCCGAGAGAAGAUGUGGUGGACAGUUACCUAGUAGAGAGCCCUGAAACUCAUGAUGUCACUGACUUCUGCAGCUUCUACACUCUACCUUCAACUAUCCUUGGUAACCCCAACUACACAACAUUGAAAGCUGCUUAUUCUUACUACAAUGUCGCCACACAGACUUCCUUUCUUCAGCUGAUGAAUGAUGCGCUCAUCGUGUCAAAGCAAAAGGGUUUCGAUGUGUUUAACGCGCUGGAUGUGAUGCACAAUGAGAGUUUUUUGAAAGAGCUGAAGUUUGGUCCAGGAGAUGGACAGCUCCAUUACUAUCUCUACAACUACCGAUUGAAAAGUGCCUUGAAGCCAUCAGAACUUGGACUUGUGCUCUUAUAAGCACAAUAACUUGCUCUGAUGGGUAUUAGUUUGGUAUCAACCAACUUGAAGUUUGGGUGUUUCUUUUUUGUGCUUCUUCCAUUUGAACUGUUACUGCUUCCAUGGGUUACUGAAACUGAGUUUUAAUUCUUUUGGCAAUGCAAUUUUUGAAUUUCUGGACGU